CUAAAAUCCCUGUGUUGAGUGACGCAGGAGAGCAGUGGACGGUUGGAGCUGCGCUGAUGUGCAACAACUAAGACCGAGAGUCAAGAGUCCAGGGUUUCAACAGAAUAACACAUUCUAAUAACAGAUGAGCGUCUGAAAUGCCCUUGUUUGCACUGAUGUAUUCGGUUACCACAUCCAUAACUUUACUGUGUUCUCUGCGCAUAAUCGAGAUCAUCUGUCCGGAGUCGAUAUUACUGCUCCAGUAACGGAUUGAUCCACGCUUCUCAUUCACAUUUUACGGCAUGACAUGUAGAUAAUCAUCCGAUAUUUUGAUGGGGCUCCUGAGGAUCAUGAUGCCACCCAAGUUCCAGCUGCUGGCUGUUAUGGCGUUUGGAGUGGCGAUGCUUUUCAUUGAGAACCAGAUUCAGAAGCUGGAAGAGUCUCGGGCAAAGCUGGAUACCUUUAGUACCCAUCUACAGACCCUUUCUACAUUCUCAUCUUACCCAGAGCGCACCAUGGCCAGACACGAGGUGCGAGAAGUGGAGCAGAGACAGACGCGGGACAGCCUGCGGGACUCUCCAGCGUUGCCUGAGAUUGAGGAUCUGGUCAUCAUCUAUAACCGUGUGCCCAAGACUGCCAGCACCUCCUUCACCAACAUCGCAUAUGACCUGUGCGGAAAGAAUCGCUUCCAUGUUCUCCACAUCAACACCACCAAGAACAAUCCGGUCAUGUCCCUGCAGGACCAGAUGAGGUUUGUAAGGAACGUGACGUCCUGGCGAGAAAUGAAACCAGGUUUCUACCAUGGCCAUGUCGCCUACUUGGACUUCACAAAGUUUGGUAUCAAGGGGAAGCCGGUUUACAUCAACAUUGUACGGGACCCCAUCGAGAGGUUGGUGUCAUACUACUAUUUUCUCCGAUUUGGAGAUGAUUAUCGGCCAGGUCUCAGACGGAGAAAGCAGGGGGACAAAAAGACGUUUGAUGAGUGUGUGUCGUCAGGAGGUUCUGAUUGCACUCCUGAGAAGCUUUGGUUACAGAUCCCGUUCUUCUGUGGCCAUUACUCGGAGUGCUGGAAUGUUGGCAGUAGGUGGGCUCUCGAGCAAGCCAAGUAUAAUUUGGUGAAUGAGUAUCUGCUCGUGGGAGUGACUGAGGAACUGGAGGAUUUUAUCAUGAUGCUCGAGGCAGCACUGCCACGUUUCUUCAGAGGAGCAACUGAGCUCUACCGCACAGGUAAGAAGUCUCACUUGAGGAAAACAAGCGAGAAGAAACCUCCUACUAAAGAGUCCAUCUCAAAGCUGCAGCAGUCCAACAUAUGGAAGAUGGAGAACGAGUUCUAUGAGUUUGCGCUGGAACAGUUUCAGUUUGUGCGCGCUCACAGCGUCAGGGAAAAAGAUGGAGAGCUUUACCUGCUGGCUCAGAACUUCUUUUAUGAGAAAAUCUAUCCAAAAGUAAACUAGAGUAUACAUUAGCAUGGUCCAAGUGUCGUUUGGCCUGUUCAUGUACUGUUCUGUCACUUUCACUGGGAAGAGAAGAAGAGGACAUCUAGAAUGUGGACACAAAUGCCUGGAGGUCCUAGCCUAGAGGGCUUGAGGGUUUUAGAGCGUGUUUUUUUUUUUUUUUUCUUUUUUUUUUUUUUCUUUUCUUUUUGAGAGAGACUUUACACAGUGCUGAUCACGAUGCUCAGUAUCAAGCAACUUUGAGCCCAGUAUCUUUUUAUGGACUUUCACAGCAGUGAAAAAACUUGACAUAAACAUCAAAUUAUCACAUAAUUCAUCAUGCCUUCCAAAAGAAAAUGACAGAAGCUUUUUGGCCAUCAGUCAUUGAGAAAUAUGAAUUUUGAACAGGGUCAAAAGGGUACUUUUUGUACCAGACAUUUGGUACAUUAGGAGCACCUCCUUAUUUUACUACUAACUGUGGUUUUGUGAAUUCCUAACACUUUCUUGCAUUGUGUAUAUUGAUUUUUAAUAGAAUGCCAUAAACAGUGUUUACAGACUUUAGUAAAGGUAUUGUAGCCAGAGGUUAGAAAGUGGUAAAACAGAUUUCAUAUCUGUACAAAUUGUAUUUACAUGUAUAUUUUAUGUAAUUGGACCAAAUGGUUGUAAGAAAUUCAAAGCUGUAGAGUUUAAAAUUAGUUAUUUAGAAAAUAGACACUUUUGAGAAUCCCACUGGUGCUUGCUUUCUUUUUUAUUGCUCAUUUUUUCCAUCACAACUCCUGAAGACUCUAAAAUAAUGAAAUAGAGGUUACACUGAUCUCUGAGACUUUUGAAUUGAAGACCAUGACCUCCAUGAUCCUGUUUUUGUCUGCUACUGUAUGAGACCUGAUUAGUCAAGAACAGGUUCCUUGAGUCUUAACUACUGGUAUCAUCUUGUAGCUCAGUACUGGCUUAAGGUAACGUGGUCUCAACAGACUUCUACCCUCUCAGCAGUCCUAAUUAUAGUGUGUUCUACCAGAAGAUAUGAAAGAAAGAAAGAAAGAAGAAAGGCUCAAACCAACAUUAGUUGUACACUCAAUAGUGCCUUCAUGAAUCAUUCAUCCCACCCUGGUUCCAGCAGUUGUUCAGAUUAUUUAAACAAUGUCUGUAUUUGAAACUUUUAAAGCUGCCAGCUUUCCUUUUAUAUUUGGGUUCUUUCCUUUAUCUUUCGUUACUUUUUUUUUUUUUUUUUUUUGUAUAAAUUGUCUCAAAGCAUUUCAAAUAAACUACUGUCUAUGAGACCAUGUUGUUUUCAGGAUGCUUAGUUUCUCUUACAAACAACAAUUCAUUCCAGAGGUUUUAAACGGGACUUUUUUUUAGGACUCUUAAUGUGUUAAAUUAAGUCAUCAAUUACAUGAUAAACAUAUUAAAGUUUUACUGAUUUAUUAAAUAUAUUGAUCCUGUUAAUUGAUCAUAUGUGUAUCAAGUGUUGCUUAAUACAAUAUUUGUGGAAACUUUUUUUUUUUUUUUUAUCCUUUGAUUAAAUAGAAAGUUCAAAAGAACAGCAUUCAGAACAGAAAUCUUUUGUAACAAUUUAAACGUACUGCGUGUCACUUGUGAUCAAAUUAAUGUAUCCCUGCUGAACAAAAGUGUGUGUAUAUAUAUAUAUAUAUAUAUAUAAUAUAAAAUCUUGCUAAGCCCAAA